UUCUUAUUUUGACACCUCACCAAAUAGAAAAAGACAAUUUUACCCUUAAAAUAUUUCACAGCCCGCCCACUGUAUUCAGCCCGCCCAAUGUUCUGGUAAAAGUCUUGAGUAACCAAACAGAAAAUCAAAUUUUUUCCUCUCUCCCCUGCGCAGCUGCCGUCUCUGCCUCUCCUUCAACCCAUUCUCUGCCUCUCCUUCAAUCCAUUGUCACAGCAGACCCAGCUCAUACCCAAACACUGAAACUUAGCAUUUGAAACCAAACCCCCUAACGCUCACACUCCCUCUAUCUCGUGUGUGAAGCUGUCCCAAGUCCCAACUCUCAUGGAGUGGAGGUCUCUCUGAAGCCAAAUGCCUUUGUGAUAGUCACCACGGGUCCAUCCCCAACAUAGAAGAAGAUCAAGCAAGACAAGAACAGAACACAGAAAGACAGAAGUCAGAAGAACAACCUCAAACUCCUCUGCUUCUUUCCACCAUGCACGCUUCAAUCUCGAUCUAGGACUCGCCCUUUCCACUCGUGUCAUGGAUGCCAAUGAAGAUUUGAGUCCUAGAGUCAUGGAUGACAAUGAAGAUUUGAGUCCUAGAGCUGGUAUGGAAUUUGAUACAUUAGAAGAUGCAUGGGAAUUUUGGCUAAAAUAUGGAAGGCGAAUGGGCUUUGAUGUUAGAAAGCAUUACAUAAAUAAAAGUAAGAAGGAUGGAAAGAUAACAUCAAGGGGAUUUGUAUGUGCAAAGCAGGGCAUUCGAGGUUCAGAAAAAGAAGAUAUGAUUCGCACUCGUAACCGAGACGAUACAAGGACUAAUUGUCCUGUAAAGCUGUAUGUUUCAUUAGUGCGAGAAACUGGAAAGUAUAAAGUGACUGAUUUUAUUGAAGAACAUAAUCACACUCUUCAUCUAUCAGAAACAGUUUAUAUGAUGAGAUCUCAACGGAAAAUCUCAGAAGUUCAUGCAGGAUUGAUUGAGUUAGCAUCCUCUUCUGGAAUCAAGCCAAAAGCAGCACUUGAGUUAAUGAGUAGAGAGGCUGGUGGGAGAGCUAAUCUUGGAUUUACUGAGAUUGAUCAGCAAAAUUAUCUUAGAACAAGACGGCAAAAAAAUUUGAUAUACGGUCAAGCUGCAUGCUUAUUAGGAUACUUUCAGAAACAAUUGACUACAAAUCCAUCUUUCCAAUAUGCAGUACAAUUAGAUAAUGUUGAGCAAAUUACAAACAUUUUUCGGGCUGAUGCUAGAAUGAUUAUUGAUUAUGCUAAUUUUGGUGAUGUGAUGACAUUUGACACUACAUAUGGUACUAAUAAAGAGCUAAGACCCUUAGGGGUGUUUACCGGUUUCAAUCAUCAUAGAGGGUUAACGGUUUUUGGGGCUGCUCUUUUAUAUGAUGAAACGGCAGAAUCAUUUAAGUGGCUGUUUGAAACCUUCUUAGUUGCACAUGGAGGUAAAAGGCCUAAAACAAUUUUUACGGAUCAAGAUCCCGCAAUGGCAAAAGCAUUGAGUGAGGUAAUGCCUAACACUUACCAUGGGUUAUGUACUUGGCACAUAAUGCAAAAUGGGAUAAAACAUUUGGGGAAUUUGAUGAAGGAUGGCUCUUCUUUUCUUCAAGUUUUUAAAACUUGUAUGUUUGAGUUUAAUGAUGAAAUUGAAUUUGAAAAAACUUGGGAGGACAUGAUUGACACAUAUGCUAUACAUGAUCGUAGUUGGUUGGAUACUAUCUACAAAUUGAAAGGAAAAUGGGCAAGGUGUUAUAUGAAGAAUGAAUUUACAUUGGGAAUACAAAGUACCCAACUUAGUGAAAGCUUGAAUGGAGAUUUGAAAGACUACUUGAGACCUGAUUUGGAUGUGGCAGAAUUUUUUGAACACUUUGAUCGGGUGAUUGAGCAAAAACGAGAAAGAGAGUUACGAGCUGAAUUUAAUGCAAGGCAAAAAUUUCCCCAGUUGAGCUUAAAAAAUUCUCCAUUGUUGAAGCAAGCAGUACAAGUGUACACACCUGUAAUAUUUCGAAUGCUUCAAGAUCAAUAUGACCUUGCAUCAGCUACAAGGAUAAAAAAUCGCCAAGAGGACUUGUUAGUGCAUACAUACACUAUUGAGUUUAUGCAUAAGCCUGGUGAGUUCAUAGUCUCUUAUGACACUGCAGAUAAGACAUUUUCAUGUAGUUGUAGAAAGUUUGAAAUUGUUGGGAUUUUAUGUUGUCAUGUUUUAAAAGUUUUUGACUUUCUUGAUAUAAAGACAAUUCCUAAUAUGUACAUUUUGAAAAGAUGGACAAGAGAGGCAAAAAGUGGAUGUAUCUUGGACAAUAGGAGAACCUAUGUGGAAGAAGAUAUCAACUUGAGUGUUACACAGCGAUAUAGAAGAUUAUGUCCUAAGUUGGUACGAUUAGCUUCUCGAGCGGCAGACAAUGAAGAGGCAUUUGCUUUAAUAGAGAAGAUGAUAGAAGAAUAUGAAAAGAAGGUUGAAGACAUUGUAGCAAAAAAUAUGGGUGGUCAUCAAUUGCCCCAUCAAAUGUCAUUAUGUAGUGGUGCAGAAAAUCUUGAUCCUAACCAACAUUUGAAAGAUUUGGUUGAAAGAGCAAAAGGUCUUAAGAAAAAAGAAGGUCGCAAGGGUGGAAAACGAAAGAAAAGUUGGGUUGAGAAGCAAACCAAAAAAAGGGGUAGAGUUGAAGUAAAUGAUGAGGUACCUAGUUUUGCUCCUAACAUGCAAAACAAUAAUUAUGACUCACAUAGAGAACAUUAUUCGCAUCAACGGACUUAUCCUGUCACUUUUUCCACGCCAAUGAUGACAUCUGAAUUGGGACCAAUUCAUAGUUACCAAACUAGUUUCACGUCAUUCUUAAGGGCACCAUUAACUCCAUUGUUGUCUCAAGUAUCAAAUCCUGUGGAUGUUAGUCAGGCACCAUUAACUCCAUCAUUGUCUCAAUUAACUCCAUCAUUGUCUCAAGUAUCAAAUGAUGCAGCUGUUUGUCAGGAAAAUGAAGUUAGGUUCAAUUAUGGACUAACUCCAUGUGUUGAAAAUACAAAUGCUUGCUUGGAAACACAACACUUUUUUGGUUAAUAUUGAUUUUGCAGUAUGAUGGAUAACAUUUUUUGGACAGUUUGUUUGAUAGUAUAUUGCACAGUGGACAUGGUAGCAUAUUGCACAAUGGACAGCAUUUUUGGACAGCUUUGCCUUGGACAGUUUCUUGGACAGCAAAUCUAACUUAUUUAGACAACUGAUUGCACAUGUAGCAAAUUUUUUGGAUAAUUUUUGUAACUAAAAAAGUUAGUCAAACAUGUUAAAUAUGUUAGAUUGUACAAGUGCAUGUUUGAGUAACUUCUAGUUAAAUAUUAAUUAUAUA